AACGCCGACGACCGCGACGUCGUCGUCGACCACUUCAACUACGAGGUCUGCGGCGAGCACGCGCGGCGCCUGGGGCCCGGCGAGUGGCUCGUCGACGAGGUCGUCAACUACUACUUCGCCAUGCUCCAGCAGCGCGACGCGGCCCUGGUCGCCGACGAGGGCGAGAAGCCGUCCCACUUCUUCAACUCCUUCUUCAUCCCCAAGCUCAUGGGCACGGACGCGCGGUCCUACAACUACGCGGGCGUCAAGCGCUGGACGAAGAAGUUCGACCUCUUCUCGCGCAAGCGCGUCUUCGCCCCCGUCAACGUCGGCAACAUGCACUGGUGCCUCAUCAUGGUCGACUUCGAGCUCCAGCAGGUCCGCUACUUCGACUCCAUGGGCGGCGGCGGCGACGCGUACCUCCGCGCGAUGAUCCAGUACCUCAAGGACGAGCACCUGGCCAAGAAGGGCGCGCCCCUCCCCGGCGACUGGCAGCCCGUCCGCACGACGGACGACACGCCCCGCCAGCUCAACGGCUACGACUGCGGCGUCUUCGCCACGUUCUGCGCGCACUACGCGUCCCUCGGCGCGCCGCUCGACUUCAGCCAGGCCGACAUCCCCCACUUCCGCGACCGCAUGAUGAUCGACAUCCUCGACAAGAAGCUC